UUAACUGGAUAAAACAAGUUAUUUUUUUGUCACAAAGGCAGUAGACAUAUUGGUAUCUUUGGCAGUGCCGAAAUCACUACGUAACAUUUGUAAAUCAUAUGUGACUUUCAAUUCCUGAAAAGAUAAAGGCAAUAAACUCCUGCUGGAAGCGCCCCAGCCUCCAACAUCUCAGGAGGAUUGUUAUCCCUCAGAAAGUGCUUCCUGACGGUGAUAUUCCUGGCAAAAUAUUUACGAUCCGUUAAGAUAAGAAAGUGAGACCCCUGGAUAGGAUCCCCAGUUUAUCAUAGAGAAUUUUUGCAGAUAAAUUAUGCACUUGUAUGUAAAUUAAUUCCUCUUGUGUUUUCGCGGAUAUCGAUGACCCUCUUUUAUGCUUCGUCCCCCUGCGUUGUUUUUUGCCUUUGGAAUAUAUUGAGGUGUUUUCAAAGUCGAUGCUUGAUCCAUUCUCCUGACUACUUCAGAGGCAUUGUCUGAAGUGUCCAUGUCUGUGGAACUGAAAUGAACCCUUGGAGUAUCACCACUUUUUUUCUUGUGUUUCCUGCGAUUUGAUUUUUUGAGAAUGGAUUUAGGAGCUACUACAAUAAAUCAAGGUGUUACGAAUAUUGUGUUUCCAUUUUUUAUCAUUUGCAUAUCAUUAACACGCCUACCAAUCCUGUGAUUUCCAUAAUUCCAUGACUUUUCCAUCUUCGUGUUGCAAUAACAAUGUUGAGGAGUGUAUUUUGUCAUAGUCAAACUGUAUUUUAGUUUAAAUCUUGAGACCCCAACUUAUAGCACUAGGGCAGUCUGAGUUCUAGAUCUAUGAAGUGAUCCACCAGAUUCCAGCUUUAUACAGGGAUUACCGCUGUGACCUAUAAUUGUCUAUAGUGGUAAUAUGAAGGUGCAACAUGCUUUGACCUGAAAUAUAGAGAAACUUGAUGAGAUAAUAACGUGUGGGUGUUGAAUAUCUUCAGUAAUGGCAUUUGACAUGGGAUUUAUUAUUAUUUUUCAUCUUUUUCCAUUCAGGUUCCUGCAACAUAAGAUCCGUUGAGUAGAUAUCUCCUAUAUAAGAUCAUUCUCCUGAUUGACCCAUCAAGACAGGGACAAGAUGGCAGAGAGUAUAAUAAAUCUUACCCUAGAGAUCCUCUUCUGGCUUACUGGAGAGGAAUACACAGUAGUGAAGAAGACCUCUAGUGAACAUUGUCAAGACCCUGUGUUUGAAGGAUGGGGAAGAACCCAGAGUACAGUCUCUGGGCCGACACCUCACAUCCCGAUACAUGAGAAAGUCUAUAGAGAGAGGAUCCUAGAGCUCACCAACAAGAUCAUUGAGCUGCUGACUGGAGAGGUUCCUAUAAGGUGUCAGGAUGUCGCCGUCUAUUUCUCCAUGGAGGAAUGGGAGUAUUUAGAAGGACAGAAAGAUAUGCACAAGCAUGUCAUUAUGGAGGAUCACCAGCCACCAGUUAGGUCCAGUAAAAGCGCAACACUGGUGAGAUGUCCUAGUCAACUGCUUCCACAGGAUAAUUCAGAAGAACAUCACAAUGUUCCACAGUAUGAUCAGCUUUUGAACAAUAUUAAGGCUGAAAAUACAUAUGUGAGGAGUGAUGAGCAGAUCAUAGAGGACAUUCCCACAGAUAACCACCCAGAUGACUGUACCAGGAGCUCAGUGGAACAUCUGAUAUCUUCAGAUUUUAAAGCAGAUGAUUGGGGUUUCACAGAAGAUACACAUGAAGAGCAUGCCAUUAUCUCAGAUAUACCCUUGGACUUUAAAAGCAAAGAUCUAUUAUCUGAUCCUUUGGAUGGGUUCCGAUCUUCUGAUUUUUCACAGACUGUUAAGCAAUGUGUUCAACAUCAAAGAACUGACACAGGGGAGAAGGAUUUUUUAUGCUCAGAAUGUGGAAAACAUUUUAGCCAUGAAUCACAUCUUGUUAUAUAUGAGAAAAUUUGCAUAGGGGGCAAGACCUAUCCAUGUUCAGAAUGUGGAAAGUGUUUUAACCAUAAAUCACAUCUUGUUAAACAUCAUAAAAUUCACACAGGGGAGAAGCCAUAUUCAUGCUCAGAAUGUGAAAAAUGUUUUAGCCAUAAAUCACAACUUGUUAUACAUGAGAGAAUGCACACAGGAGAGAAGCCUUAUUCGUGUUCAGAAUGUGGAAAACGUUUUAGUGAUAAGUCACAUCUUGGUAGACAUAAGAUAAUUCACACAGGGGAGAAGCCAUAUACUUGUUUAGAAUGUGGGAAAUGUUUUAACCAGAAAUCAUCUCUUGUUUCACAUCAGAGAAUUCACACAGGGGAGAGGCCGUAUUCAUGUUCAGAAUGUGGAAACUCUUUCACACGGAAAGCACUUCUUGUUAAACAUCAGAGAAUCCACACAGUGAAUAAGUCAUUUUAAUGUUCAGAAUGUGGUAAAUGUGUUCGCUAUGAAGCAGAUCUUUUUUUGUUAGAACAUGGAAAAUGUAAGAAAAUUGUAUCAAGUCUUAUCACACAUCAGAUAAUUCACACAGGAGCAAAGCCACUUUGGUGUCCAUGAUGUCAGCACUAAUUCCACAAUGCAGGAAAUGUUAUAUCCAUAAAAAUAAAGAAAAACUGCAAGUCUUGUAAUUUAUUAAAAUAAAGUACAUAGAAAAUUGCAAAGUUUUGACUAUAACCUAGUCUUUAUCAAGCCAGAAGUGAUCAUAUAUGUUUCGUUUAAAUACCCUUAGGUACAUGAAUAAUCCGCCCACCAAAUGUGCAUAUACAUCUAAUUAAAGAGGACCUUUCACCAGUUUUUACUUUAUAAAAGUGAUACCUCACACUGUAGCCCAU